UUAUUCAUUGUAACGGCUUUCAAAUGACUGUGUCCCAGGUUAUACGUUCUGCAAACAAACUUUUUGUUGGCAACAUUCCUUGGACGGUAAGUCAUCGUGAAUUGAAGAAACAUUUUGCAGAAUUUGGACACAUUUCAUCAGCAAGUGUCGUUUUUGAUAAAGCUUCUGGCAUUUCCAAAGGUUUUGGAUUCGUUCAGUUUAGUGCCAAAGGUGGCAUCCAGAACGCACUAAAUAAACAAGUCCAUAAUUUAGAAGGAAAUGUUUUAAAUAUUAAAGCCGUUUGAAAUUAAAAUUUACCAUAAACUUUUGUA